AUGGCUGUGCAAAACGGACCCGGAGGUAUCAGCAGUGACCCAAAUGUUAACUCAACAUUGGGAGACAUAGAAAAAUGGAUCAAGAACAGAGAUUCAAGCAAGAACAACAACUUAGUCGCCGCAGUGGUGGGAUGUGGAAAUAUGGGUAGUUCUAUCCUUACUGGUAUUCUUGCUGCCAAUUCACUGCCAGAUGCAAGGAAUAACACACCAGUUUCACAUAUCAUUGCUUGUACCAAGUCAGAAGCUUCAGCUUCCAGAGUAUACUCGGCAUCAAAAGAAUCCAAGGCUGCAGACAGACUCGCCGUCUUCUAUGAUAACAACUUAAAAGCUUUUCAAUUGGCUGAUGUUAUCAUUCUGGCAUGCAAGCCAUAUAUGGCCGAGGAAGUUCUCGGAGCUCCUGGUGUUGGUGAUGCUUUAACAAACAAACUUGUCAUCUCAGUCUUGGCAGGAUCGACAACUGAGCAGUUGAAGGAUUUUGCGUUCAAAGGUAGCUCAGACACAAAAGGGUGCGCAUUUGUUAGAAGCAUGCCAAAUCUUGGUGCACAAAUCAAGGAAUCAUCAACCGUUAUCUCAACUGGAUCGGAGACCAUUUCUCCAAAAUACGAAGAGGCUAUGAAAUGGAUCUUUCAAAGUAUUGGUCAAUAUACAUAUGUACCCGACAAUGUAUUCCAAGUUGCAGGUGUCCUUGCUGGUUGCACUCCAGCAUGGUUCCUCACUGCCUUUGAUGGAAUCCUCGACGGUGCUGUUUCCGAAGGGAUGAGACGAGAUACCGCCACUGAGAUUUUGGCUGGUUCUAUGCUCGCAGCCGCAAAGUUGAUACAGAAUGGUGAACAUCCUGCUGUUCUCAGAGAGAAGGUUUCAUCUCCCAAGGGUACCACAAUUCAAGGUCUGAAAACUAUUGAGAAAGGCGGUGUCCGAUCAACAUACUGUGAUGCGACCAUUGAUUCGGUUCAACACGGAUUGAAUAUGGGCAAGAAGUAA